CAAGACCGGUUCAACGUGUUUCUCCUCCCCUGCCCCAACCUGGACGUUUAUGGCGAGUGCAAGCUGCAGAUCACCCAUGAAAACAUCUACCUCUGGGACACGCACAACCCCCGGGUGAAGCUGGUCUCCUGGCCCCUCUGCUCCCUGCGCCGCUACGGGCGCGACGCCACCCGCUUCACCUUCGAGGCUGGACGGAUGUGUGAUGCGGGAGAAGGUCUCUACACCUUCCAGACGCAGGAGGGCGAGCAGAUCUACCAGCGUGUGCACAGUGCCACGUUGGCCAUCGCAGAGCAGCACAAGAAGGUCCUGCUGGAGAUGGAGAAGAACAUCAGGCUGCUGAACAAGGGCACCGAGCACUUCUCCUACCCCUGCACCCCCACCACCAUGCUGCCCCGAAGUGCCUACUGGCACCACAUCACUGGCUCCCAGAACAUGGCCGAGUCCUCCAGCUAUGCCGGGGAGUCGUAUGCAGGUGCCCAGGCCAGCUCGGACACCGACCUCAUCAACAGGUUCAUCUUGCUGAAGCCAAAGUCCUCCAAAAGCGACAAGCCUGAAAGCAGGGAGCCAACAUCAUCCCCGUGA